AUGGCUUCUACCAACUCCAAUGCUGGUGGUGUUGAAGGCAACAACUCCCAUGCUGAUCUUGAAGCUUCUGUGCAGAAAAUUGAUUUGAACAACAUGGAUGAGGAGAUGGCUGAAAAGGAUCCUGGUGAAAACUCCCCUGCUAAGGACCCUCCAGCUGCUGAAAAUUCUAAGGGGCAGGAAGAGGAGUCUCAGGAGGAUGACAUUGAGUUGGAAGGGGAGGAUGACAUUCUGCAUGCUGAACUUGCUAAGCUGCAGGAUCAUGCUGUUGAGAAGGAUACGCGCAUCCAGCUGCAGCAGUCACUUAUUACCAACCUCACGAGAGAGCUCUCUGACCAGGACAACAAAAUCAAGUACCUGGAAGUUGAGCUUAAAAACAUGAAGCAUGAUGCGCGGGAGCACGUUCAUCAGAUGGCGAGGCAGACUUCAAAGACCAACGAGCUGCGCGAGGCUUUCAGUGCCCUCCGAAGGGAGACCAUGUAUCGCCCUGCACCACGAGCGGACCCGCAUGCCAACUCUGCUAGCGGUCGCACCAACCCUUCUCGCUCUGGUGGUGUGGCGGGUGACCCGGACCUUCUACGCAACGCGCUGCUGAGCCGAACACACGACGCUCGCGUCGUCGCUGCCACCACCGUGCUGGACCAGAAUGCACAGCGAGUGGUGUAUGGCAGCAAGAUCCAGGCUGAGGUGGAUAGGAAGCCGUUUGGGUGGGAGGAAUUCGCAUCUGCACUCAAGCAAGCUUUCCAGGUCCAGCCGACCCAGCUGGAGGUGCGCAUCCGCCUUGAGAAGCUGCAGUGCGGGAACCGCACAGUGCAGCAGUACGAUGUGGAGUUCGAGGAGAUCUGGGUGCUGCAGAAACCGGCAGAACGCAUGAGCGAGGGUGACAAGAUCCACUUGUUCUUCAGGGGGCUGCCUGAACAUCUCCAGAACAUGCAAAUGACUGAUGGGGCUGGGGAGGCAUGGAGGUCCUACGACCACGUGAAGCGCGUGGUGGGGACCACUGAUAAGCAUUUCCGUGCUUAUGCAAAAACCACCACCCAGCCGCAGCAGGCCCCAAGGCCGUCGUCUAGCCCUGCGGGUCCAAGUGGAAGGCAGCAGGGAAUGUCUUGGAAGGGCAGGAACCACAAGAGGCCCUUCCAGCGGGGGCAGCAGGCUGACCACAAGGCCAAGAAGGUCAACGAGGGUGGACCAAGCAAUGUCCAGAGCUGCUUCAAGUGCGGCAAGCCUGGACACAAGGGCUAUGAGUGCCGCCACCGCAAGUCGGUGAAGUACUCUGGUAAGCCUAAGACGGACAACAGGCGCAAUGACGGCAGUGGUCCCUCGGGCAGCCAGCGGGAUUUUGCAAAGCCCAACUAG